ACCAACGUAGUCGUUAUUCAAUCUGGCGCCAGGGAGUGGCGCACGCGCACAGAUUUUCAUUUCAAGAUGGCGUUCUUAAAACUAUUUUCAUUAUUUCUGUUAGUUGCCAUAGUGGGAAGUCAAAGUGCAACCCAAGGUCCCAAAGUACGGGUCGCCAACGGUAUUUUACAAGGAGCUUGGAGAGUUUCAACAAAUGGCAGAAGUUUUGCAAGCUUUUUGGGGGUACCAUACGCACGGCCGCCGAUCGGAAAAUAUAGAUUCCGAGAGCCGCAAGCUGCAAAGCCCUGGCCAGGAGAAUGGGACGCCACAAGAGUUCUCUCUCCCUGUCUUCAGUACGAUCCCACCGGAAAUGAAAUAAUAGGCAGCGAAGACUGUCUUUUCGUAAACAUCCACACGCCGAAACCAAGAGCCGAUGCCCUGUUACCUGUGGUAAUCUUCAUCCACGGUGGAGCCUUCAUGUAUGGAGCUGGAGGACUGUAUGAUAGUGUCCAUAUGAUGGACCGAGAUGUAGUCUUUGUCACAGUAAACUAUCGUUUGGGACCGCUAGGUUUCCUGAGCACAGGGGACGAUCAUAUACCAGGCAACGCUGGUCUAAAGGAUCAGUCCUUCGCCUUGAAGUGGGUUCGCGAUAACAUCAUUAUGUUUGGCGGAAACCCUGACAGUAUCACACUCACCGGCUGUUCUGCUGGUGGUGCUAGUGUGCACUAUCACUAUCUGUCACCACUUUCAAGAGAUACAUUCCACCGAGGAAUUGCGUUCAGCGGUUCAGCGUUUUCAUCGUGGACACAUUCCAUUAAGCCCGUGGAAAAGGCCAAAGCUCUUGCCGUAAUUGUUGGUUGCUCCACCGCUAAUACUCGAGAUAUGGCCGAGUGCCUGAAGACAAGACCUGGAGAAGUUCUGGUCAACGCUCAACUUCAGAUGUUUGACUGGACGGUCAACUGGUUCACCAUAUUCACGCCAACAGUGGAGGCACCAGGAACGAAGAAUCCGUUCCUCACUCAGUACCCUUACAUCGCAAGUCAAGCUGGCGCCAUGCUGCCAGUACCGCUCAUCACCUCUGUGACUUCUGAAGAGGGAUUAUAUCCUGCUGCAGCUUACCAAGCAGACCCGAAAAUCCUACCCGAACUGGAGUCAAGAUGGGAACAGCUGGCUAGCUUCAUCUUCGAGUACAACGACACUUUGCCGCUGGACCAGCGUGGUAUCGUCGCCCAAAAGAUCAAACAGCAGUACUUAAAGGGCAGACCAGUGGGGCAGGACACAUUCGCAGAACUUGUUCAAGCCCUUGGAGACCGCUUGUUUACGGCGAACGUCGGUAAACUAGCUCAAAUCCACGCCCAAAGGUCCCUUGAACCGACCUACGUGUACCGUUUCUCAUACCGCUGGCAAUACAGCUUAACUAAUAUCAUGGCCAAGAAUGAAAAUGACUAUGGUGUGAGCCAUGCAGAUGACGUUAUGCUGGUCUACAAAUACCUGCCGAACCCAACAAACCCUGAGGAUAUACGGAUGAGGGAAACGCUUCUAGAUAUGAUUUACAGCUACGCUAGUACUGGAGUCCCAAAAAUUCGGAACGGCCCCGAAUGGCUGACAGUCAAACCGGGACAACCUGAAUUAGACUACCUCGAGAUAGCUGGACCUAAGAACAUGAAGAUGAAGUCCAGCGCAGAUUUCGGACACAAGGCCUUCUGGGACAGCCUUGGCUUCAACGAGAAUGAAAACUAUCGUGUCAACAUAAGAGAUGAACUUUAAUAAUUUCCAAAAAUCAUGUUCUGUGCCUAAGUAGUGCUUUCUUAAGAUAACACUUCUCUUGAGAUUCUCCAUCCAGAGUUCCAGAAAUAGCAGCAAAAAAACAAGCUCAUUUAUAACCAUUUUUCAUUAUAUUAAAAAAAUAUAAAAAAUUGAAAAAAA